AUCGAGAUCAUUACUUUUCAGAGAUUAUUCUUGACCAUUGUGAACAUUUGGGGAACACAUGUGCGCAUGUCUGUGAAUCCGGAAUUUCUUCUAGAAGGAGCUAUAGAAUGCUCUUUUUCAUACAAGGGACAAGUGUGCAAAAAUCGAACUAAGAAGUUCUUCUCCAAGUUGGCUUAUUUGAAAGGUCUUGUGAUAAUCCGUUGUCCCUCCUGUCAAUCCCUCCACCUCAUUGCCGAUAAUUUGGGUUGGAUCAAGGGGAAGACCUCGGAUGUAACUUCAAAAGAUAAACGGACAACUCGUGGUGAACAAAAAUGCGUUUUGGGUUGUUUGUAG